AUGAGGAGAUACUCGGCGCUCGCAGCUCUUGCUAGUCUCGCCACGCAUGUCUCGGCCACGCUCUACGAAACUACAAGCUCCCUACCUGAGACCAGAUUUGACUACAUUAUUGUUGGAGGAGGAACAGCGGGCUGCGUAUUAGCGAACCGCCUUUCCGAGGAUCGUAGGAUCAAAGUGCUUCUUUUAGAGGCCGGUGGAAACUAUCACGGAGUCGAGCAACUCUCGAUUCCUUUCAAUUCAAUACGCGCAGCGGGACCAGGGUCAGCGUACAACUGGAACACCUCAACGACCGAUGGAGGGACUUACUCGCGUGGGUACGUUCUCGGGGGAUCAAGCUCGAUUAACGGGAUGUUCUACGCCCGAGGGUCCCAAGAUGAUUGGAAUCGGUACGCCGCCGUGACGAACGACGAGGGCUGGAGAUGGGAGAAUAUCCAAUCAUACCUCAGGAAGAACGAACAAUUCGUCCCGCCUGCAGACGGUCACAACACGACCGGACAAUACAACCCCGAUGUUCAUAGCACGACCGGCAAAGUCGGAGUGAGCCUCGCGAAUUACCCACAAGUGACGGACCAGCUCUUCACCGAAGCUGUUGAGGAAGAGCCUUCAAAAUUCCCGUUCCAACUGGACUACAACGCCGGGACGCCACUAGGGUUCGGAUGGGUCCAGUCCUCGAUCAAAGGAGGAGAAAGGAGCAGUUCAGCUGCGGCUUAUCUGGCACCGCAAUACCUCAAUCGCCCGAACUUGUUCGUCCUACUUCACGCCCAAGCUUCUCGUGUUCUUUCCUCAACUUCAGUCUCGACGAACAUUGACACCGUCGAGUUUUCUCAAGGUGCCAUUGGAGAUUCUACCGUCGUUACACUCAAGGCCUCGCGCGAGAUAAUUCUUUCCAGCGGUGUAGUAGGCACUCCGCACCUACUACUCAACUCCGGAAUUGGACCUGCCUCCGAACUCUCCGCCGCCUCCAUACCAAUCGUCCACGAGAAUCCCUCAGUCGGAAAGAACUUCUCUGACCACCUCAAUUUGCUCAACGCCUUCGCACUGGACGUAUCAGAGCCCUUCGUCCCCACUGAGAGUCAGACGUUCGAGCGAUACACGCUAGAUCCGGCCCAGAUGGCAGACGUUACUAACGAGUGGCGCACGACGAAGACGGGUCCGUUGACAUCGAACGGGCUUUCGAACCAGAUUGGAUUCUCGAGAAUAGAUACGAGUGACCCCGCAGUCCAACAACAAUUGGCAGCUUUUGGGGACCCGACACCUGGUCCGCACUCGGCGCACUAUGGCUUCACGCCUAUCAACGGAUUUGCAUUUGGACGAGCGCCGACUAAUAAUAGCUACUUGAGUGUGGUCGCCACCGUCCUCCAAACGAAGUCUCGUGGAUCCGUCUCGCUCAACCCUUCCAACCCUCGAGGCCAACCUCUCAUCGACACCAACCUCCGUUCUGACCCAUACGAUGUCUGGGCGAUGAAAAUCGCUUUCAAAGACUCGUUCGCGUUUCUCGCCACCACCCCUUGGGUCAAUUAUCUCGCCGACUCGCAAGCAGCUCUCGGUCUCGCGCCUGUCAUCGACUCGGGAUUCGACGACGCCCUCAUCGAGCAGUAUAUCAACACGCACACGAGCUCUGGGAUCCAUGCAGUCGGAACGGCUGCUAUGACUGCUGCUAACUCUCGCUGGGGAGUCGUCAAUGCCGACUUGAAAGUGAAAGGUGUGAAUGGGUUGAGGGUGGCUGAUGCGUCUGUGCUGCCCUACGUGACUUCUACAAACCCGAUGGUCGCCGUCUACGUUGUCGCUGAACGGGCAGCAGACCUCAUCAAGAGCAAUUACAACUGA